UUCUAUUUUAGCUGGGGAUGAGAGAUCUUUUCAGCCAGAGUGCGGACCUAUCAGGUAUGACAGGGCAGCGGGACAUUCAGGUCUCAGACAUUUUCCAUAAGGCCUUGGUCGAAAUCAACGAAGAAGGCACCAUCGCCGCUGCCUCCUCAGGGAUAGUGGUGGUCCCGCUGUCCUUGUCGUAUCCAUCACCGGAGACAAUCUUCGUCCGUGCGGAUCAUCCUUUCAUCUUCUUCAUCUACGAUUUCGAGACAUCUCAAGUCUUGUUCAUGGGUCGAAUCAUGGAUCCUCGACCGGAGUCAUCCGUACCACCAUCCCUUUCUAAUAUGCAAUCGUGGCCCCAAACAGGAUCAUCCUCAUUCACAUUCCCUCCUAGGAAGCAAUCGUGGUCCCAACAAACAUCAUCCGCAUUCACAUUCCCUCCUGGGAAGCAAUCGUGGUCCCAACUAGGAUCAACCGCACUCACGUACCCUUCUAUGAAUCCAUUGCGGACUGAGACAGAGGCAGACGAUAUCAACAACAGACAACCCUCCCGUUCUCAGUCAGUUCCAUUCUCCAGCCAUCUAUCUUCCAAUCCUUCUACAGCCAGAAUCUAUACGCAAUGGUUCGACUCGCCUCAACAUAAAUGGCCAUACAUGUACCGUGUGCCUCAAAAUCCCCAACUGGUCUUCUUGCGCUCUAGAGUCUAUCGCUCUCCAUUCACUCCUGUCUUUCAACGACACAAAAUGCUGAAACGAAGAUACGAAGAUCAACCCAUUCAUCCACAAUGACAGAAACUGGUUAUUAUUUGAAAGUUCACGAUAUAACAGGUUCUUUUUAUUGGCCCUCCUUUCCUGAAAGGAACGAGACCACUUAUAGUCCCGUCCUGUCCGUCCAUGUGUCAGUGUGUCCGUGUGUCACACUUUGGUUGUCCGACGAUAACUAAAAAAUAUUGGUCUGAUCAAUGCGAAAAUUGGUAAGCGAGUAGAUAUGAACAAUAUACAGGCUGAGUUCGUUUUGUGGUGAAUUUGCACCAAAA